UACAGCAGCGUAGAAAGCGCGAAAUUUUGUCUAAAUAGUCGUCAAAGCUUUGCGCGUUUGUCGGUAAAAUAAACUCGGUAAAAGGAACGUUCCUAUUUUGAAAGAAAUAAACAAUAAUCUACAGAGUUUUAGACUUGUAACUGGUCAUGCGCUAUUUGGUCCAACUCGCGCUAUGGUAUGUCUUGUUUAAUCUAGUCACCUUAGACCUAGUUAUGGCCCAAGGAGCACCCUUCAACUGUUCAGUGUACUCGCACGAGGACGAUUUUGAAGUUCACUGUAGAGGAAACGGUAUGACAGAAAUCCCGGACAAAUUGAACUCGAGUCUGAACAGACUGAUCAUAUCCGAGUCUAAGGAUAUAAAGCUCAUCACAGGAAAGUCGUUGGAGCCUUACAAGAGUAGAUUACAGGAUGUAAUUCUCUCUGAUUUGCCCAAUUUGCGAGUCAUCGAAGAAGGCAGCUUCUCCAAUAUCUCAUCGCUAAGAACAAUAUACAUUUACAACACGCCACAGAUUAAAAUGAUUUACGGACUGCUGAAAGGUGUCACGUCCAAACAGUUUCGAUCUUUGCGAAUUGUCAACACAGGUCUACACGAAGUCCCUGAACUGUACUUCCUACCUCCAGAGAACACUCUGUUUCUUUUAGAUUUAGAUCACAACAAGAUCGCAAAAUUGGCCAGCAAUUCUGUUAGAGUAUCAGCUCAACAAGUCACACUCAAUUUCAAUGACAUUACAAUUAUAGAAGACUAUGCAUUCAAAGGAUCUCAAAUAGGAAAGUUGCAUAUUACAGCUAAUCCUAAGUUGACGACAUUAUCUGAAUUCGCUUUUAGCGGGUUGCAGAAUUUAAGGGAGCUUGAUUUAUCUCAAACUGCUAUAACUACGUUACCUGAUAUAGGACUAGAAACAUUAGAAGUAUUGAAAAUUCGAGAGACACCAACAUUAAACAAAAUACCAAGUCUAUAUGAUUUACAGAGCUUAAGGGUUGCUAAACUAACUCACCACUUCCACUGCUGUGCGUUCAAAUACCCCAAGCAGCACAACCCCACAAAACACGCAGCUUUUGAAGAUUAUCUCAGACAAACGUGCAUCCACGGUCAAAAAAUGGACAAAAUCAACAACUACAAAAAACGGAAAAGAUCCAUAGAUACGAAGAUUGGAUAUCGAAAUUAUAACAGCUCCAGUGACAUUCCAGACGUAGAAAUAGGAAAGGGACAUCCUCAACAGCCGCUUACUGGUCAGUUUAUUGGUCAUCAAGCUCCCAGAGAAAGGAACGAUGAUGAAAUCUACGAGGAUAUGGGGGAGUUUCAUUCAAGUCCUACCUUGAUCAACGAUACUCCAAUAGAAGUGCUUUGUGGCAAUAUUAGCGUUAAGUUACAAGAUGUUAAAUGCGAUCCAGAACCAAAUGCCCUAAACCCUUGCGAGGAUAUCAUGGGUUUCACGUGGCUAAGAAAUUCAGUAUGGUUUGUCGUAAUUUUAGCUGUGGUUGGCAACGUCGCAGUGAUAAUCGUAAUCUGGUUCAGCAAAACAGAGGUUAAUGUUUCUAGGUUUUUAAUGUGUCAUUUGGCCUUGGCCGACUUGUGCAUGGGACUGUACCUCCUGCUAAUCGCUAGCAUGGACUACCACUCCGUAGGGACUUAUUUUAAUUUCGCAUAUAAUUGGCAAUACGGUAUCGGCUGUCAAAUCGCAGGUUUUUUGACAGUUUUUGCCGGUCACCUGUCAAUCUUCACGCUAACCAUAGUGACUCUCGAACGAUGGUUUGCCAUAAAAUACGCCAUAGAUCUCACGAAGAGAAUAAGACUGAGAGCCGCCAUUAACAUCAUGAUAGCCGGAUGGUUAUAUUCUAUUUUAAUGGCGGCAUUUCCGCUAUUGGGAAUCAGCAAUUACAGCAGUACUAGCAUUUGUCUUCCGAUGGAAGUCAAGUCGAUCCUAGACAAGACCUACUUGUACAGUAUAUUCAUUAUAAAUGGAAUGUCACUGGCAGUGAUAGUCUUCUGUUACGCUCAGAUCUACUUCAGCUUAGGGAAAGAAACAAGAAGAUCAAGUCACAAGGGCGAAAUGACCAUAGCCAAGAAAUUUGCCCUUCUUAUAUUCAUAGAUUUUGCUACGUAUACGCCAGUGGCAUUCUUUGGAUUGUGUGCACUGAUAGGCUACCCUCUAAUCAACAUAACAAAGUCGAAAAUACUUUUGGUAUUUUUCUACCCUUUGAACGCUUGCGCUAAUCCGUACCUUUACGCUCUGAUGACGUCGCAGUACAGGAGAGACCUCUUCAUGAUCGUUUCAAGGUGUGGAUUAUGUAAACAAAAGGCAGCAAGGUACUGCUUGAGUGAAGGCAUUCCAAUGACAAAACCGUCCCCCCUACUUCCAAAACAGGAGAAUUCGUCCCCAUGUUGCAACAACAAUUGCAAAAACAACGAAAACGGUGUGGCAGUGCCAAUAGUAUCGAACACUUUUGUAUAAAUCAUAUUGAUACAUGAUACAGUCUAAAAAAUUUAGAUCUAAUGCCGGGUCCAGCCCAAGCAGACAAAACAGGACAAGACAGAAACAUUCAUGUUUUACGACUAAGUUGAGACA